CGUUUCAUAUAAAUAAACUCUAGCACAAUCGAAAAUUGGAAAACAAGUUUUAAAAACAAAACGGCGUAAUGUUUUUAUCAAUGAUCGCUGCUGUUUAUACCUUGUCUCUUCUGUUAUUCCCAGUACAUGGAAAUACAUGUAGUGGUGAUAGUAACUGUGAAGACAUCGUCACCAUGCCGUUAUUAGAUGGUAUGAGAGCGACAUUAAAAGCAGACUUAGAUGUUAAGAAUAUGAAUGAUCAUCUAAAGACAUAUAUUGCGUCGGAGAUAAAGAAAGGCUUUGAAAAUGCGAUGAACGAUGUUAUGAAGCAAAUAGUGAACAAAGGAAUUGAAGAAAUUAAUACUACUAUUAUAGCAGCCAUUCAUGAAAAUCUAGCAGGGAAAGGUGUAACAUAUAUCCGAUGGGGACGUAAAGGCUGUCCUGCAGGUGCUGAUAUGAUUUAUACAGGGCAAGUCGGUGGGAAUCAUUAUACUCAUAAAGGAGGUGGUGUUAACUAUUUAUGUCUCCCAAAUGAUCCAGAGAACGGACAGUACCAAUCAUAUGGCAAUGACCAGGUUUUUGGAGGGGAAUAUGAACUAAGUUCAUCAUUGAAACCAUCAGGAUGGGAUGAAAGUAUGUUCAACAAGGAAGUCCCAUGUUCAGUAUGUUACAAACAACGGAGCUCAGCAGUCCAGAUGAUACCAGGUCGAAAGACUUGUUAUAAAGGAUGGAACUCAGAAUACCAUGGUUAUCUGAUGAGUGAUCAUAACACUUAUCAUAAAAGAGAUUAUGCCUGUGUUGACAUUAAUGCAGAACCGCUGGACAAUAAGAAUGGAGAUGAAAAUGGCGCUUUGUUUUAUCCUCUUCGAACCAAAUGUGGCAGUUUAAGAUGUCCUCCAUAUACCAAUUCAGCAGAUGUUCUGUGUGUCGUUUGUACCAAGUAGAACCUUAGCCAUUAAUAGUAAAGACAUGAAUAUUUGCUUUUUUUAUAUUAACUAUACUCGCUUCAUAUGAGGAACAAGUGGAAUAUUUGUUAUCGACUAUUUUCUACACAAGAAAAUAACCGUUGCAAUCAGAAAUGUGACAGAUUUUUUCCAAUUGUUUGAUGUGUUUGGCCAUUCAGUUUGUAUAUUAUUUUAACUAUCUUAGUAAUAUUAUAAUAAUUCUUUGUUUAUAUCAUGUUUAAUAUUCACUAUCAAUAAUUGGAUGACCAAUACGAAAAGUCUGUGUGUCAACUCACUAGCGAAAUGUAUUGAACUAUAAUUUUAAAUAUUAUGUACACAGUUCCUGCACGUAAUAUAUGAAUGUGAAAAUCGCACAGUGAGUGGGCCUUUUAUGAUUUAAAUCAUGUAAUAAGUCGCCUAGGUGUGCAUGGAACACCUCUAUGAAUAGAUACAAAGGAGCAGAUCCACUGCUCAAGGUGUUAAGUUAUAAAAUAUGAAGUUCAAAUA